AUGGCAAGCAUCUCUGAAAUUAUCUCGAAUCCAUGGACUGGUUCUACAGUAAUGCUGGUGGCGGUAGCAAUGGUGUUCACCCUCGGACGCUAUCUGAUGUCGGCUGAUCAACUUCCCCUUCCCCCGGGACCCAAGGGCUUGCCGUUGCUCGGAAACAUCAACGACCUACCCUGCCCGGGUGUCGUCGAGAGCUAUCACUGGGCGAAGCAUAAGGAUCUCUAUGGACCGAUAAGCUCAGUGACUGUACUUGGGCAGACGAUGGUCAUCAUAAAUGAUGCGAAGAUAGCCUUUGACCUGCUGCGUGAUAGAUCUGCGAUUCACUCGUCGAGACCACACCAGGUAUUCGCCGGCGAUUUGGUGGGCUUCAAGAACAUCACUGCAAUGCACAGAUACGACGACACGUGGAAGAACCAACGUAAGAACAUCACUAAAGUAGCCAGCUCGAAAGCGUCCAUUGCAGAGUUCGACAAGAUAGGGGAAGUCGAAGCAGCUCGAUUCUUAUUCAAUCUCCUGAGAGCACCAGAUAGGUUGAAUGAUCAUAUCCGCCAUGAGGCGGGCACUGUCAUAUUCAAAGUGACAUAUGGCUACCAAACACGAUCAGGAGGUAACGACCCACUGGUCGACCUUGCAGGACAAGCCAUGGAAUACUUCGCGGACGCUACAGUGCCUGGCAAGUGGCACGUCGAUAUUCUCCCGUUCUUACAAUAUCUCCCAGACUGGUUUCCCGGCAACAAAUUCAAACGAACAGCAAGAGAUUAUGCCGCUGUCGUAGAUAAAUGUCGCGAACUACCCUACGCCUUCACCCAGCGUCAAAUGAAGGAGAAGAGGCAUAAGUUGUCUUACGUCUCGCAAGCCAUCGAGGCAAGCGCAGCUGACCUAUACAUGGACCAUGUCAACAAAUGGUCAGCCUUCGCGUUGUGUUUGGGCGGUGCAGACACUACCGUCUCGGCAUUCAUGAGCUUCUUCCUAGCUAUGAUGGUCUAUCCGGAGGUACAGAAGAAGGCUCAGCAAGAGAUUGAGCAGGUCAUCGGCAGAGAUCGUCUCCCAAUGGUGACCGACUUUCCGAAGCUGACAUACAUCGAGGCCAUCAUGAAGGAGACUCACCGCUGGCAUCCGGUGGCUCCUAUGGGUAUUCCACACUGCAGCGUCAAGGAAGAUGUCUAUGAAGGGUAUAGAAUCCCGAAAGGCGCCUUGCUUCUCUACAAUGCCUGGCAAUACACUCACGACCCAGAAACCUACCCAGAGCCAGACGAAUUCAGACCCGAACGCCAUCUGACCACACCCGACCAUGUUGCGGAGCCAGAUCCUCGCAACUACAUCUUUGGCUUUGGCCGCCGUAUAUGUCCCGGCAGAGGCGUCGCCGACAAUUCUCUCUUCAUCACCAUGGCUCAGACGCUUGCCGUAUUCGACAUAGAGAAGCCUCUUGACGCAGAUGGAAAGGUCAUCGAGCCGGAGAUUCAGUAUGAAGCAGGAGCCGUCAGUCAUCCAUUGCCAUACAAAAUCUCGAUCAAGCCGAGGUCGGAACACCAUGAGAAGUUGAUUAGGUCCCUUGAGGGGAUGUAUCCCCUUGAGGAGAGCCAUGUUGAGGAGCUAGAGCAUGUCAAGUGGUCAAACUCCAGGCCUAAGUAA